AUAGCCGCCAGGUGUAUGACACAAGCUCCGCCUCUCCGUCAGGUUUUUUCAACACCAAAAUAAACCGGAAUGCGCUGGGGCCGCCCGAAGAAGAAGAAGUUGAUGGUGGUGUUUGGGGGAGAAGGGCUACACACACACACACGAGACUACGGGCAUAUAAUCAUGUAAUAAAAAAUAAAAAAAUUCCCUUCUUCUGCGCUCUCUCUUUUAUUCCGUUUUUCUCUCUCUGUCUCCGUGCGUGUGUGUGUAGAGAGAAGGUUACGAGGGAGGUGCACCUGGAGAAGAACAGAGAAAAAAGGUGGGGAUAUGUUGUCAGUGUGUAUACAGACUCUGAGUAAGAGAGAGAGAGAGUCUCUGGCAUAGAGAAAGAGCAGGGUUUUUUUUCUUGUGCGUGUGUGUGUGCGUGUGUGUGUGUGUGAAGAGUUGGGGUACAAGAAACGGAAAAGUUCUUUUUAAUAAUCAAACAGUUUUUGGCUUUUUCUGUGUUGAGUUGGGGUUUGAUUUUGUUUUUUUCACACGUGGAGGCCGUGUCAUCGUGCAACUUUUGAUCGGAUAUAAUUUUUUCUCGAAUCCCCCAGGUGCGAAAACUCAGGUGCGCAUUUUUUUUUUUUUUUAUUGAAAUUUCGUACCGUGCACGCCAUUCUUUCCCUUACAUUUUUCGUGAUUACGCAACACGCACAUUGGCCAAAAAAAUCAGUUAAAAUAGUGAGAGUGUGCGCGCGUCUCUUAAAUAAAAAGAAACAGUGUCGGCAUAUAGAGAGAGAAAGAGAGAGAGAGAGAUCCCGUAUCGGUGGAACUGCACCGAAACAAUGGAAGUGGAACAGCUGGAACGUUCGACUACUGGCGCUGGCCGUGUAUUUUAUCGGCCGGCCUCGCGUAAUCGAAUCAACAGUAUGGAAGGUGUGGUGAUAAGUGGCGCAGAGACUCAGCAACAGCAGCAGAGAAUCCGGUUGGCAUCUUCCGUCCUAUCGGUGGCCACCAUCAUCAAAACGGAACCGCGCAACUCCGAUUCACCCACGACCACACCUCUCCAACAACAACAACAACACAACUCUUCCUCUUCUUGUUCUUCUCCUUCUCCGUCCUCUGCUAGUUCGAUCCGUCGAUCACGCUCCCGCAUCAGUACAGGGGGAGGCAGCCCAUUGGGUAGUUCACCGUCACCGACGUCGCCAUCUGCCGCAAUGCACCCGAUCUCCAUGUCGUUGCUACAUUCAUCGUCGCCGUCAUCUUCGCAUCACCACCAUCCGCACCAUCCGCAUCAAUCGUUUUACGGAGGAGGAUCGACGACGCCUACGUUGGUAGGGGCGUCGGCCAGCGGAUCGGUCCAUUCGCCGAGCCCGUUGAAACGAUCCAGGCACAUCAACAACAACAACAACAACAACAGCAGCAGCGCUAUGGAAGAAUGGUUACCUUCGCCCGGCCAAAUGUCUGUCGAUUCCAUGUCGCCACCGCCUCCGCCCAGCAGUUCGUCCAUGUCGAUGAGGGCAGACGGCCUUUUAGAGCCGGGCCAGCAACAGCAGUUGCAACAGCAACGCGCGUCCAGCAAUGGCCAUUCUACCUUACCGCCUUCGGUCAUCUCGUCGUCGAACGGCUAUUCACCAUCGCCCAUGUCGACGGGCAGCUACGAGCCGCCAUUCAGCCCUGGCGGUGGAGGAGGCAAAUUAGGUCGAGAAGAUUUGUCGCCACCAGGCAGCGUCAAUGGCGGCGGUGGCUAUUCGGUGGACAGUUUCACCGACGCCAAGAAGAAGAAAGGUCCCGUACCUCGACAGCAAGAGGAACUGUGUCUGGUCUGCGGUGAUCGAGCUUCCGGUUACCACUAUAACGCCCUCACCUGCGAAGGAUGCAAAGGAUUCUUCCGGCGGAGUAUAACGAAAAAUGCAGUCUACCAGUGCAAAUACGGAAACGGAUGCGACAUUGACAUGUACAUGAGGCGAAAGUGUCAGGAAUGUCGACUCAAAAAAUGCCUCACGGUCGGCAUGCGGCCCGAAUGUGUUGUGCCCGAGUACCAGUGCGCCGUCAAAAGGGAGGCAAAGAAAGCGCAAAAGGAGAAGGACCGGCCCAAUUCCAGUUCUUUGGGAUCACCUGACAUGAAAGAGCCGGAAAUCAAGGCCAUCCACCAGCAACAACAACAGCAGCAACAACAGCAAAUGCAGCAGCAGCAACAGCAGCAAUUACAGCAACACAUACACGUGUUGGACGAGAAACCGAUGAUCGUUUGCGGCCCUGCCAACGGUGGAGUCAGCAACGGAUCGCCCGUCAAACCCCUCAGUCCCGAACAGGAGGAGCUCAUCAACCGGCUCGUCUAUUUCCAGGAAGAAUUCGAUCAGCCGUCCGAAGAGGACCUGAGGAAAAUUUCGACGUCGGGCAUUCACGAGUCGGACGCCGAUGCCAAAUUUAAACACAUAACGGAGAUGACGAUCCUGACGGUGCAACUGACGGUGGAAUUCUCGAAGCGGUUGCCCGGUUUCGACACGCUCCUGCGGGAGGAUCAGAUCACGUUGCUCAAGGCGUGUUCCAGCGAGGUGAUGAUGUUGCGCUGCGCACGGCGCUACGACGCCAACACGGACUCUAUCGUCUUCGCCAAUAAUCUGCCCUACACCCGCGAGUCGUACAACAUGGCCGGCGUCGGUGACACGGCCGAUUCGCUCUUCCGCUUCGGCAAGACCAUGUCUCUCAUGAAAGUGGACAAUGCCGAGUACGCUCUACUCACGGCCAUCGUCAUCUUUUCGGAACGACCGGGAUUGGUGGAGGCGAGAAAGGUGGAAAAGAUCCAGGAGAUUUACCUGGAGGCGCUGCAGGCUUACGUGAUGAACCAUCGGGUGCGGCCGAUGACGGAGUUUGCCAAACUCUUGUCGGUGCUAACCGAGUUGCGCACGCUCGGCAACCUCAACUCUGAGAUGUGCUUUUCUCUCAAGCUCAAAAACAAGAAACUGCCGCCCUUCCUCGCCGAAAUUUGGGACGUCCAUUCGUGAACGCCAUCUCUGCCCUUUAGGAAAAAAACAAAAACGAAAAAGCAGCACGCCACGCGUGAUUCUACUACACCUACCCCGCGCUCCGUAACACAAAGUACUCCGCGUCCAAAAGUGAAAAGAAAAGAAAAAAAAAAAAAUCGUUUUGGCUCCUGCCCCAGAUCUUUUUUUUUUUUUUCCAAAAUCCGGACCAAUAUGCCUGGGUUUAAACAAACAAAACAAAAUGUUCUUGUUAUUGAGUAGAUCGUUGGGAAGCGCGCGGACUUUAGUUAGUUGGCCCAGGUGUUCACGAUCCAAGUAUAAACGGAGAGGACGAAGUAGGCAGAGAAAAGAAACACAGUACCUGAGAGAGACAAGUUUCGCGCUUCUCUCUUUGGCGCGCGAUUCAUAAGAGUUUAAACAGUUAACGGUAAGGCUCGUGUUUCAUGUUUGUACAUGUGGUUUUGUGAUGAAAGAUCUUAGUGCGACGAUAGAAAGGCGGAUAGAAAUCCACAUUUUUAAAGCGUUUGGGUGGGGAAAUGUAAAAAAAAAAAAACAAAAAAAAAGGGGGGCAAAUUGUUUGUUUGUUAUUAACGAAAGAAAAAUUUUAAUUCGUUUUCUUCUUGGCAAAUUGGGUUGUGAGAUUUAGGCCAAUAAUUUAUGUUGCCGGACAGAAAUUGUUUGCCCAAAGACUAACUAAGAAAAAAAAAUUUAAAAAGAAAACAGACGAUAGGAACGGACAAUUCAAAAUCACGGGGUUGUGACUUCUUUUUUUUUCACGUUUUUUUGUUAUGUGUAAAACAAAAAUUUCGUUUUCUGGUUUUUGAAUAGCAAAAAUUGAACGACAUCUUAGCCCCGAAAUUGAAAAAAAAAAGACUAUUUAUCUCUUCGUGCGAUGUGUACAGUAAAGGGAAGUGAGCUGGUAAUUUAUAUUAUUGAUUAUGCAAAACGGAGAAAGAACACACACCCCAAGAAGGAAAAUAUCGUCGUAUAAAAAAUCCAUUGAUUAGCUGAAUACUUUCCUUUUUUUCUUUUAUUUCCCCAUUUGGCUGGAGAAAAUGUAGUUCGUGAAACAAUUCAUCGAUCGAUUGUUUCUCAAUUUUCUCUCCCUGUUGCAACUUUGGAAAGUCAACACUAAAAAAAGACGUUCGUAUGGGGUUACGAAUGUGGACCAUUUUUAUAUUUUUAUAAAAGCAAAACAAAAACAAAAAACGUAUGGAAAGGCGGAAAAGUUGCAAAAGCGCAAAAAUUUGUUCGUCGUAAUUCGACAUCUUGCCGUCUGUUAUAUGUUGUGUGCUAUCUCUGUUGUUGUAACAUAAUCUUCAUAACGGCUAUUGUUUCCCGCACAAUCUUACCGCCCCUAUCUCUCAAUUUGGUUCAUUUCUUUUUUUGUGUGUGUGACUUGUAACAAAUCUGUGAACGCCAUUUUCUUUUCCGCAUACGCACACAUACAAAAACACGAACACAGGGAGGGGAAAAAUUAGAUAAUUGUUAUUUUUUUUUUUCGGUUAUACUUAUUCCGUCUUUGAUUAUGACACGACCUUUGUCGUUUUUGUUUCCCCUUCCUGGCAAAACAUGUAUCCCUCCUUUUGCCUCUCUUAUUUGAAAGAGAAAAAAAAAUGUGGCAAUAUUAUAUAACCCCCCCUAUUGUUUACUCUGAUUUUUUUUUUCACGUCUCUCAAAUUGUCGUUUCCAUCAGGAUUUUUUUUUUUUUUGGUGCACAAAAGAAACGGGGAUUUCUUUUUUCCCGAUUUUCUUUCGAAUUCGUUUAUCUUCUCUCAUCAGGCUCAUUUCUGUUGUAAGAAAAAAACCCCAAAGAGCCUUUGAAUUGUUUCAUUUGUUGCUUUAAUUCGUUUGUUUGUUUUUUAUAAACGAUUUUCCAUCGAAAUUUUGUCACUGAUAAGAAGAAGAAAAAAAGGAGAGAAAACCAAACAUAAAAAUGGUUUGCCUUGUUGUGUGUGUGUUUUUUGUAUGUGAGGUGCUUUCAAUUCUCCUAUUUUAUAUACGCACACGACCGUUUAUGAUAUACAUAUAUACAUAUAAUUAUAUUCAUCCGGAAGUGCUCUAUUGCUAUACAUGUAACACGUGUAUCGUUUUGUGUGUUGUGUGUCUCUCUCUCUGUGUCCAGUGUGUUUCUCUUUACGGUGCUGAUGUGUUCUCCUUCCUUCCUUUUUUAUAUAAGACACGAGAAAAAAAACACACAUUUUUACCUUUGGUUUGUUUGUUUUUUUAAUUUGGAUGUGUACAACUUUUUUAAUUUUAAACAGAAAAGCAAAAACAAAUUUGAUGAUGAUAAAACGGUGCGCGUGUUCGAAGAUCGCCGGUAUAUGAUAAUCGUGUGUGUGUGUGUGUGUGUCAAUCGCGAUGUAAAACAACUAAAAAAGAAAGAAAGUUGUGUUGUUCUUUUUCUCCUGUCUCGGCAUAACAUAUUAUACAUUAAACAUGAAUGAAAACACGAAUAACGUUAUUAUAUUGACAUUUUGAAAGA